CGAUGGUGCUGUGGUCCACUGUCAGAAUGCGGGCGUUGUUGUCUGCUGACGACGUGUUGUUAGUCAACAAAUUCGAAAAUCAAAACAAAACGCAGAAAAUUAACAUAAGCAUUGGAAGUUGUAUUUUUAAAACUAUCAAGAGUAGAAAUGGCCUUAUUAACAUGGAUAUUUAAAUUUGAUUAGGACGGAAAGGGACCGCCGAACCAUGAAGUUUUCUCGAUGGGCCCUUAUUAUAACCUUAGUAAAUGUGUUGCUUUAUGUGGAAAAAUGCAGCGCCUCUUUAAAUUUAUACUUAAGAACUCAGGAAGUACAAAGACUUUUAGGUGUACCAGCUGAGAUGUAUUAUAUUAGAGAUGAUUUGAUAAGUUUGCAUGCUUUAAAUUUUACUAUACAAUUAACUCCCAAGAUAAAUGACCUAUAUUUUACAUGGGAAAAUACUGGAGGCACAAAAAUCCCAUAUUCCCUAGAAAUAAACACAUCAAAUUCUGCAGUUAUCCCUAAGACUGAUGUUAAUAUAUCAACUACUGGCUCUGUUCCUUCGGUCACUCAGACAUUUAUGGUAGCAGUGGCAUGUUCAGGACUCGUCGAAGAAGAAGUUCAGAUCUCAAUAAACCUUAAUUUAACUUUUCCAAAUGACAACACAAAUACAUUGAAAUUUUCGAGAAGAAAGACCUGUUUAGAUGAAAAUAUUAAAAAUUAUGUGGAAAUUAACACAUUACCUCAGUUCACAAAUCCUUCCAGUAUCUUUUUCAUAGCAAUAUGUUGUGCAGUUAUACUUAUAUCUAUCUUGGUGAUUUUCAUAACAAUCAAUUUUCUGAGAUAUAAAAAGAUUAGAUCUACUGAGAGUGGAGCUAGCGAACCCACAAAUACAACUACAACAACUUUUCUGGCGGCGUUACCUAGAAAUAGUGUUAAUGCUUCUUCAUAUGGAAGUUUUAGAAGAAUGCCAAGCUACUCAUUGAUAGAUGACAGGUCCAAGGAUUUACAAGAACGAAUAACUGAAUUAACUAUACAGAGAUUUAGAGUUCGACUUAGUAGCAUAAUAUUAGAAGGCACCUUUGGAAGAGUAUACCAAGGCUCCUAUAUUAAUGAAGAAGAAAAGGAAGAGACUGUAAUAAUAAAGACUGUAGCUGAUCAUGCUAGCCAAAUACAAAUUUCAUUACUCCUCCAGGAGGGUAUGGCGAUGUACUCGCUCAAUCACAAAAACAUAUUGAGUAUUUUAAGAGUGUCCAUUGAGGAUCAUACUACCCCAUAUUUACUCUACCCUUUUGAUAAUAAUAAAAAUUUGAAGAUAUUUUUGCAAAAAUGUAAAGUAUCUUCUGAAGGUGUGCAUCAUACUUUGACUACUCAAGAAGUUGUUCAUAUGGCACUUCAAAUUAUUAAGGCCAUGCAGUACUUACAUAAAAAACAUUUAUUACAUAAAGACUUGGCCGCUAGAAAUUGUGUGGUAGAUGAAAAAUUAAACGUUCAAGUAACAGACAACGCCUUAUCCAGAGAUCUAUUCCCCUCAGACUACCAUUGUUUAGGCGACAACGAAAACCGGCCUGUUAAGUGGUUGGCACUUGAAAGUUUAGUCCACAAAUCUUUUGCUUGUGCUUCGGACAUUUGGUCUUUCGGAGUACUGCUUUGGGAGUUAACUACGUUAGCGCAGCAGCCCUAUAUUGAAAUUGAUCCGUUUGAAAUGGCAGCUUACUUAAAAGAUGGAUAUCGAUUGGCUCAACCUAUAAAUUGUCCUGACGAAUUGUUUGCAGUAAUGGCUUAUUGUUGGGCAAUGAGCGCCGAAGAAAGGCCGACAUUUACACAGCUUCACGUGUGUUUGCAAGAGUUUUACACUCAAUUAACCAAAUAUGUAUGACACAGAUGCUUCACUUUGCUACUUUACGUUCCUUUGAAUUGAGUGCCAAAUUUGACAGAAUAUUUUGCCAAAUACUAUAUUAUUUAAGACGUGCACAUAUUUGUGUAAGUAAAAAUAAUUGCUUGUGACUUAUGUAAAUAGUUUGAGUUUAUAAGAUGCGUACUUUUAUAUUUAUUUGUGAUCAAAAUAAUAUAUAUUCUUGUGACAA